AGUUUUCAGUAGAUAUGGAAACUCUCGAAAGGUUAUGGAUGCGGGUCCAGUCCAGGCCAGCAAUCAGAAAGUUGGAAAUCUAGGGCUGCUGGAAGCAGUGGGUGACCAUGCCCGCCGCCGCACUCCAAAUGAUCUCGUCCUGUGCAUGCAUUCGGAGAAACAGACUGACGAAUCAUGGUGAACAGGACUGGAUGACUCGAACUGGUCAGCUGACAGAACUCUGAAUUGGAGGUUGCACUAAGCUCCCGUCUUAGUAAUCAGCUUUCGUAGUCGCGGCAUGUGGUCGACAGCAAAUCACUAGCGUGCCCGUGAGCUUCGGAUCGAUGGUUGACUGCUGCAUUGGGUGUUCUGUCCUUCAAAACGAUUUCUGUAACGCAGUUGCCCCUCGGAGACUAUGACGGGGGCCAUGUCACAUAGCGGACACUCUGCCACAGCCGGUGCAGCAGAUUGCGCCGAGGAUGGUUUAUUGUCCUUCAGCUCUGCGCAGAGCAUCGAUCUCCAUCCCGUCGCUCAUCUGAAUACAUUUGGGCUCGAAAUCCGAUCGACACCUGCCAAGGGUCGAGGCGUCUAUGCUACGAAAGACAUCCCGGGGGGCUGCAUUGUUGAGAUCUCCCCCGUUUUGCUGAUUCCCAAGGAGCAGUAUAAGGCAGGAGUGAACCAGAGCGAGCUGAGGAACUAUGUGUUCACCUGGAGUUGGGGCCCGGGGAGAGGGGGCAGGAAUGGAGACAUGGCUCUGGCGCUGGGAUUGGGAAGUAUUUUCAAUCACAGUCGACGUCCCAAUGUCUCGUACCGAUUGCGAUCGGACAAUUUGACGAUCGAGUAUACGAAUACUUCGGAUAUUCGUGCAGGGGAGGAGCUGUGCAUUUACUACGGGAACGUGCGAUUUGAAGAGGAGGAGCUGGAGGAUGACGAUGACGAUGAUACCAAUUGGGAAGAGAAAAUGGCAAGAUUGGACGUGUUUGACAACUCUUGAGUUUCCACCUUCAGGUUAUUAUGAAAAUUUAUGCAGCGGCUCUGAAGAGGCCAGUCAGUUUUGCCGGAUACUCCAAUAUUUCUAUUCGCUGAGAAAUACCAGCUUACAGCUUCUGUAAGUGCUCCAGCAGAUGCUUGGCCCUGGUGCAGGAUUCACCACUGCAGGAUCCACGUGAUGAAGUCAGCCCGUUCAGAAGACAGUGACCUAGGAGCAUUAUUCAGGGGGUGCCUUUUCCCUUGAUUAUCGUUGUUGUUUUCAGGACAUUCCGAAAUCAUGCACCGAGUGUUGCUUCUCGGUUGCUUUUCAGCUAUGGCUUGCCUACCUCAGAGUUCAGAAAUUGAGAAGGUGACAGGUUUACCUCCGUGUGAUUACGAGGUUACUCAUGUGUUAAUAUCACGCAAUCUUGGGAGACAAUGUUGAAACAUGGCCGGGAGGAUCGAGACAUAGUUUCAAGUCUCGGGAAGUAUCGUUUACCUUCUCAGCGAAAAGCAGCAGCUACUCAAAAUCUGAGAUACGCUAGUUUCAGAUUGCGUUGGGUUAUUGAGUUCGUGUCAGGACGGAGCUAGUUACUCUCAGGAGAAUCCAGAUAUUAUACGGAUUCAUUGCUUUCGAAGGACGGAAUAUUGGGGAGUAUAAGCCUUGUUGUGUGUGCUCGCGGCGAAUCAAAGUGCAGGCUAGUCCCUGCUUAUAUGUUUUCAAAGGAGCCAGGACUGUUUCAUUGCUCGGAGUAAGAGUUGUCUUCUUCAAUUCAUCGGAUUGAAUAGAGCCAAUUUACAGGUUUCAGCGAUCUACAGUGAAUGUCAGAAACACUUGCAAAUCAAGAAGGAGAUUUUUAAAAUUGUGGAAAGAUCAAGGUGCAGAGCUGGAACUUUGCUAGUGUUGAGGAUCACAGCGACAACUCUUUCCCUAACCUCUUGUUCCCUAGAAGAAGAUUUUGCUAUUUUAUCAGCAUUAUUUCGCUUGCAAUCCAGAAGAUGACCACUAAGCCAGGAGUGCAGAGCUCAAUGCUUUACAGCUUGCUCGCUAAGUUCAUCAUUCACACUUAAAUCUCUUCUGAGAAUCGAAGUUCUUGAAAAGGAAGAUAGACUGAAGUCGUCAAAGCCUUUCUCAUCUAUUCACUAAAUUAUAAUUACAAGAAUUAGUGAGUACAUCCCUGAAUGCGAUUAGCUGACCGAGAAGUAUGACAUGCCCCAUGUACCAGAUUCUCUAGGUAUGAUAUUUGUAGUUAGCCUUUUGAUGCACAUUGCUAAACUUGUCUGUUGUGCCUUUUAGGAACUUGACGUCGGCAGGAAUAUCUUGAAGAGUUGCCAAAAGAAUUAGGUGUGUAUUCCACCUAGAGAGUUUGGCCCUUAAUGAAAUGAUGUCAGGGGUGAACUUCCGGAUACCGCCAGUCUCGCAAAUUGUCAGAUUAUGCGCAUAUCGUAAAGAGAAUGAACACAUGUCCAAGCACUGUUCUAAAACCUUCAUUGUUUUUUUCCUAUUUGAUCCCAUGGCCAAUAAAGAAAUAUAUGCUGGACAAGAAUGUUAAAUGGUCAAGUAUGAUCAUUGGUCAU